GGGUUGUGCAGCCAGACGCUUUCAGAUGAACUGUGCUAUUAGAUGAAAUCAAAACGAAGGCGAAGAAGCAAAGACAUGGAGAAUCGAUGGGGGGACCGUAUAAGGCGAGUGCUCUUUGGCACAUGGAACGCCGGUCCUGACUUGAUAGCGGACACGGGACCGGGAGCGUCAUAUCGCCCAUCGAUCCUCCUCCGUCGACAGGAUCAAGCUUCCGCAACUCCACCCCCGCCGAGCAUCUUGGGGUCUGUGGUGGGGUGGGUGUUCGGGGAGCAGCCAUUUGAUCCGCCGAGGGGGACGCUGCCCUGGAUUCGAUAAAGGCAGCUCAAAUGGCGCCUUCGAUGGUCCAGUCCCGGUUCUUCAUCUAUAUAUAGACCCCGCUGCUACGAUUUCCGUUCCGAGCGAAGAUGACGAUCCAUUCGCGCUGGUCGGUGCCUAUCCCGCGCUGCUCGCUGCAGCAAUGGAUCUUCGGCUCGGCGUGCGGCCCCGUCUCGGACCACAAGGCCUUCAUCGACCCCGACAAUCCCGACACCAACUUCCUGACCAUGGCCAACUAUCGUCUUCUUGCGAAGCGCGUUGCCCUGGGGCUACGCAAGGCCGGGCUCAAGAGGGGCGACCGCGUGCUCAUCUUUUCGGGCAACAGCCUCAUCUUCCCCUGCGUCUUUCUCGGCGUGCUCAUGGCUGGCGGCAUCGUGAGCGGCGCAAACCCGGCCUUCGUCCCGCGCGAGCUCGCGUACCAGCUCAAAGACAGUGAGGCCAGCUUUCUGUUCGUCGCGGCGCCCUCAAUCACCACGGCAUUCGCCGCCGCGGCCGAGGCUGGCCUGCCGAGGGACCACAUCUUCGUCCUGGGCAACGACACCCUGCCAGUGCCCCACCUGGCCCUCUUCGCGCAACCCGCCCCCGGCGUCAAGGGCCGCAUCGACGGCGCGCGCCACUGGACCGAGCUCCUGGCCGGCAACCGCCUCGAGGCCGUGUCGUGGAGCUGGCAGGAGCCCGACAACCCGGAGGAGACGACGUGCUGCCUCAACUACAGCAGCGGCACGACGGGUGUGCCCAAGGGCGUCGAGAUCAGCCACCACUCGUACGUGGCCAACGGCGUCGGCGUCGUGCACAUCAACCGCCUCCGCCCCGACUUCGCCGAGAAGAUCCAGAACGACCGCGGCCUUGCGUUCCUGCCCUUCUACCACGCGUACGGGCAGACGUACUUCAUCGCCAACCUCCCCCACCUCGGCGUGCCCGUCUACGUCAUGCCGGCGUUCGACUUUCUCAAGAUGCUGGCGCACAUCCAGCGCUUCCGCAUCACCACCCUGCCCGUCGUGCCGCCCAUCGUCGUCAGGCUGGCCAAGGACCCAAACACCAAGGACUACGACCUGUCGAGCCUCGAGAGCAUCGGGUCCGGCGCCGCGCCGCUGACGCGCGAGGUCUGCGAGGAGGUCGAGCGCCGCUUCCCCGGCCGCGACAUGUACGUGCGGCAAGGGUGGGGCAUGACCGAGGUGACGUGCACGGCCAUGUCGUGGGAUCCGACCAGGGUCGGCCCCUCGGCCGGCGUCGGCGAGCUCCUGCCCAACUGCAGCGCCCGCCUGAUGUCGCUGGACGGCCAGACGCCCGUCACCAAGGCCGGCGAGCGCGGCGAGCUGUGGGUUACCGGCCCGACGCUCAUGCGCCGCUACUGGCGCAAGCCCGAGGCCACGAGCGACGCCAUCGUGGUGGACGCCGACGGCACCCGGUGGCUGAAGACGGGCGACGUCGCCUUCGUCGACCGGUACCAGCCCGGCGCCAUCUUCCACGUCGUCGACCGCGUCAAGGAGCUCAUCAAGGUCAAGGGCAACCAGGUCGCCCCGGCCGAGCUGGAGGGCCUGCUGCUCGAGAGCCCGGACGUGGCGGACGCCGCCGUCAUCGGCGUCACCAUCAGGGGCGAGGAGCUGCCGCGCGCGUACGUGGUGCGCAAGCCGGGGUCGAAGGCUUCGGAGAACGACAUAGCGCGGUGGCUGCGGGAUAAGGUCGCCGCGUACAAGCACCUGCGGGGCGGCGUCGUCUUCGUCGACCAGAUCCCCAAGAACCCGUCGGGCAAAAUCCUGCGCAAGGUGCUCAGGGAACGGGCGCAGAACGAGGUCAGCGAUGGGGCGCGCAAGCCCAAGAUAUGAGCGGGCUUUGUAAUGUAAUGUUCUGUUGGCGGCAGCCGCCGGGUCGUGAACCAGGCUUUUACUGGUGGACGGUGGCUACCGUACUUUUUCCAGACGCAUGGUUCGAGGGUGUUAUAACGGCAUUGGAUAAUAUGGCACGACACAUGGCUGGGUGGUAGGGCGGCAGAUCUGGACUUCUUGCAUCGCAGCAUCAAGGAAGGCCGAAUCGGUCGACUCGCAGGUGUCGCUCCGAUGCUGCAGUUCCCCGUCCGCUGCAAGUUUGUAUUUCUGUAGACAGCACCUCACACUACGAUGUGGAUAGAGGAACCCGCCGUUUACUUACCAGGGCGGCAUCGAUAGUCAAUUAGGUACAAGGUUUCAUAUACCUGUGGAAGGGCCAUUGCGCAUAGUUCGGUUAAUUGAGUUGGGCAAGCAAGUGUUGCAUCGGCAGCAGUGGGAACCUCUAAGUUUCAUCCCGUCUCACACGAAAAGCCAAACCUCCAUAAUAUUCCAUGCCACACUGUAAUCCUCGCAGUCGC